UCUGUGUGGAUGGAGCUCUUUCUCCCCCUUAUCCCUCCAUGUUUCCUUUUCAAGAGAUUUCGCUCUUCUUCUCUGUUGAGAGCCGCUCCUCCCGGUGCCUCAAUUCCCAGCUCCAGGAAGCAGCCAGAAAGAAGCUGUGGGCCCUAGAGAGUGACAACAGAGAUGUCUGUGCCCUGUUCAAGGAGCUGUCAGCCAGGCUGGUCUGUAUGCAAGCACAGGAGGAUCGGUUCGUCCUCACCUUCAAAACCCUAGAAGAAGUCUGGAAGUUUUCCACGUAUCUGACUUUAGGGUAUGUGGGCAGCUGCCUGGAACAGCUUCUCUUUGACCAGGAGUACUGGCUAAACUGUGCUCUGAUGGAGGACACAGAGAUCAGAGUUACUGUGGAUGAAGAUCGCUUGGCCACCAUAUAUAUGGGUCUGCUACUCCAGGAAGGUAACUUUUUUUCCAGAGCAAUUCCCGAUGCCUGGCAGCCAGAGCAGAUGGGAGAGGAAGGCCUGCAGCUCUGCAAGAACGAGCUGAUCCAUGUGAAGAAUGUUGGAGAGGAGUCCAAGUGGGAAGGGAUGUCCUUACUGACGGGUCAGCGAGGCCUGGUACCUGUGACAGCUCUAGAGCCAAUACCUCACCCAUUUUACCAGUGGUUCCUGAAGAAUUAUGCUGUGAGUUUUGGCAUCUCCCAGGAGAUCAGUGGGACAACCACUCAGCCAAUUGUCAAAGGCAGGUGCACAGCCACAAAGGACCACAGAGGAGCAGCAUGGGAUGAACUGAGUUUUUCCAAAGGAGACAGCAUAGAAGUCAUCGGCUUCUUCAUUCCAGGACUCCCGUGGUUUGUGGGCAAAUCCCUCAGCAGUGGGAGCAUUGGAUUUGUCCCAACUCGAUACAUAAGUCCCGAGGCUUGCGAACCUCUGGGAAAGGGCUUGGUGUUUCUGAGCGAGGAAGAAAAGUUCCCCCUUCUGCGCAUCCCCUGCAAUGGUGGUGAGCAGCACUUCACCACCCUCCUCAGCGACCUGGCACGCACGGACAUCACCUCUGUGUACCGGCUGGAUGGUUUUGAACCUACAGCCAUGUUCCCGAAAGUGCCGUCAGAGGCUGUUCUCCGUGGCUGUAAAGAUAUCCAGCUGCUCCACUCUUGGGAGGAAAUAAAUGAGUUGGCUACCACUAGCACCUCCGAGCUGUCUAGCCCAGGGAGUGAAUCAGCCCCUCGUACACUGGAAGAUGUUCUCCUGGAGAAGCUGGAUGAUUUUGAUGAUCCCAAGUUCUUCAUUGACUUGAAUGCUGGACACAUGGAAGAUGCUGAUGUCUUUGACCCUAUAUUGACCUUCCUUAACCAGGACAGUUACAUGCCCAGUUUUCAAAGCCUCUAUGAUCUCAGUUUUUCCUUUCUCAACUCCACUUUUUAUGGUUUCUCUGAUGAGGAUGAACUGAUCUUGUACCUUGAAACAUCCAGGAACUGGGCCAAGAGGACUCAUUCAGUUUGGGCUCAUGUCAGGCUCUGUUUCCUCUUGGGUAAGCUGUGCAUCAAAAAGGUCAAGUUCUCCCAGGCUCGAGUCUACUUUGAGGAAGCAAUGAGUGUCCUGGAUAGGGGUUUUGGGGACCUGCCCCUGUUGGCUGCAUUGCACGUGAACCUUUCCUCCAUCUACUUAAAGCAGAACAUGAAGCACAAGUUCUCCUCCCUGCUGGGAAAAAUGGUGGCUCUGCUCGUCUGCCUGCCUGGCCGCUCUUUCAGCUCUGAGAACGAGCUGGAGGUCAUGAUGUACGUCCUGAGGGAAGCCAUUGCUGUGGGAAAUGCUCCCUUGGAGGCACGGAUCUGCUUCCUUAUCGUCAAGCUCUUCCUACAGCUGGGCAAAAAUGAAGAAGUGCUGCCCUUUACUGAGCAUCUUCAAUGCCUUGCCACCACUUUACUCAGCCCAGACACUAGUUCUAUGCCACUGGAUGCCACCCCCAUCUUGAGCUACCUGUAUGACAAGAAGUAUUUGCCAAAUAUCGCACUGGCCUCUGCCAGGUUGUUUGUUCCCACUGGCAUCAAGGGGACACCAACACCCACUUGGAGAGCUGGCUUUAUCCUCCAAAAUGCUUCCAAACUCCUGGGAAGCCAACUGGAAAGGAGCAGCAUCCCAGCACUGGCCUGUUUCUAUCUCAAGCAAGCACUGCAUUUCUCCAGUGAGAGCAGAGCAGUGCCCAUCCAGAGGACACUGUGCACCAUCUUGUCCAGGAUGUACCUCCAGCAUGGAGUGUUGGAUGGAGCGGUUUGCUAUGCAGCCAUGGCUGUAACCCUCAGCAGACUGAUGGGCGAGGAGGAGGCUUUUGAGUCUUCCCUGUCUUUGGGGUGGAUGUAUCUCCUGCACAGCCAGCCGGGCCCCGCUGCAGGCAUCAUGUGGCAGCUCUUGCGCUCGCUGCAUGGGACAGACAGCGUGACUCAGGGUGGAGCAGUGCACAAUCUCCUUGCCAUUGCCCUCAAAGGAGAAGGGCAGGUUCAAAAGGCUGCAGAGAACUAUCUCCGGGCCCUUCACAAAGCCAAGGAGACCGGGAACAAGAGGAACCAGGCUAUCGCCCUGGCUAACCUGGGGCAGCUGAGCCUCUCAUGCGGGGCGAGCCAGCUCUCUGAGCUCUACCUGCUCCAGUCAGCUCAGCUUUAUGCUGAGCUCCAGGGCAGUGAAGACCUGGAGAUGGAGUUGGUGCGGGUGCUGCUGUGGCUAGCACAGGCCAUGGUGAACAGGCAGAGGAUGGAGGAUGGCAAACUCUGUUAUGAACUGGCGUUGGUUUUUGCCCUGAAGUGGCAUAACGUGAGGAGUCAGCUUCACAUCACUGAGUCUCUCUGCCAUUUCUACAGCAAAGUGUCCCCCAAUCUUCAGGCCUGCAUCACCUACCAUGAGCACUGGGUAUCUUUGGCACAGCAGCUGCAGGACAGAGAGCUGGAAGGCAAUGUCUGGCAGACCCUCAGCCAGCUCUACCAAGCUUUGGACACAUCUGAGGCUUUGAGACAGUCCCUGGACUGCACCAAACAGAGUCUAAGGAUCUUCAUUGACCUUGAGGAGACUGUGAAAGCAGCAGAGGCCUGGCUGCAGGCAGGAAGGCUCUACUACCUUAUGCAAGAAGAUGAGCUGGUGGAAAUGUACUUUCAGGCAGCCAUUCAGACUGCUCUGAAAGGGGAGAACAUCUCCUUGGCCAUGGAUCUUUAUGAAAAAGCAGGUGACACCUUUUUUAAUGGCAGCCGAAACAGAGAUCGAGCAGUGGAGUUUUACAGGGGAGGUGCUGUGCCCUUGGCCAGAAAACUAAAGGCCUCAAAGACAGAGCUGCGGCUGUUCAAUAAGCUGACAGAGCUGCAGAUCAGGCUGCAGGGCUACGAGAAGGCACUGGAGUUUGCCACGCUGGCAGCCAGGCUGAGCAUCAGGGUCGGAGAUCAAUUACAAGAGCUGGUUGCAUUCCACCGCCUGGCUACAGUCUACUAUUUUCUGCAUAUGUAUGAGAUGGCAGAAGAUUGCUACCUGAAGACCCUUGCCUUGCGCCCCCCCUUGCUGCAGUGCUCUGCAGAGGCCCUGUACUACUUCAAGGUGUAUUGCCACCUUGGCAACCUGACCCUGCACAAACUGAAGGAUGAACAGGAUGCAGCAGCCUACUUCCUCCUGGCCCUCGCCGCUGCGACCGAGCUGGGAGACCAGGAGCUGCAGGGCCUCAUCCGUGCCAAGCUGGGUGACAUCCCCGGUGCCCUGCAGGGACCUGAGGGCACAGCGGGCUGUGCCACGCUCCGACCCAGGUGGCUGAGUGAAGGUGGCCACGUCGUCUGACUGACCACAACCCGGGGACUCCACUGCAAGCCAUCACACAGCAUCGUGCUGUGCCCCUGGCACGGGUCUGUGUGCUAUGCAGAACAACCGGCUCGGAGAGCACCACAUCGUAAGGAGCUGCAGUGUUUGGUCUCAUGUCACCAACAGGCAAAGGAGGAAGCGAUUGGGACCCUGCCCUCAUUUUUCAGGAGCAGGGAUGUACAUCGAGGCUGGGCAUCCGGGCAGGAUGGGGACCCAGCAGCAGUGCUGGAGCCUGUGGUGCAGCGGGGUGAGCAACAGAUGGCAUUUGGAGGGUGGAUGCCCUGCCUGGGAUGGGGACAGGACAGUGCUGCCAUGUGCCAGCUGCCACAUACACCUCAGGUCCCAUGGGGCAGCUCAGCCUAACCCAGAUGUGUUUUAACUUGAAUAGCAACUCCUUUAUUUAUUCCUACCUAUUCUCUGUCCUGUCUGCUCUGCGCGGGUCUGUGACCCAUACCUCUUUGGUACAAAGCACCCCCAAAGCUUGUGGCAGUGAGAGGCAGAAUUAGGGAAAGGGAGGUGAAAGGCGUUGUGGAUGAGCCCUGAAUGCAGGUGGGCAGCAGCUUGGGGGCAGGCAGAGCUCACCGUCACCCCAGCCCUGCCGUUCAGCUCAGCAAUGACACUGGAGCAGCCAGGGUGGCCUCUUCUGCCCCACAGCCCAUGUGCACUUUCAACAUCUGAAGCAUGAGCAUGCUGUGGGUCCUGCACAGGAAAAGAGCAUUGGACCAGGCUGCCCAGGGAAGUGAUGCAGUCACCAUCUCUGGAGGUAUUUAACAGACGUAGAUGUGGUGGUUGGAGACAUGGUUUAGUGGUGGACUUGGCAGUGCUGGGUUAGCAGUUGGACUCGAUGAUGUUGUGUGGCACACAUCCAGCCCCUGGGCAGUGGUGCUGAUGGGGCACAGGGGGACUUCUGUCCAUGAGAGGCAGCUGCAGAGCCUUUGCAUGGGCCAUUGCCAGCCCCAGGAGAAGCAGCAGCCUGCGAGCAACAACUGCCUUCAAGUGCCCUGACCUACAUGGCUGGAGAGAAGCAAAAACUCCUCUGCAGGGCAAGCAAGAGGAGCAGGAGGCACCAAGGAGCCUUCUGAAAGCACCAGGAGCAGCAGCAGCUCUCCUCCACAGCCUGUCUCACCACCAGAGAGCAAUAACUGCCCACGUUUGCAGCCUUGUGUGGGCAAGUGCUGCUUCCUGGCUAAUGCUGACUUCAGUGUUCAGUCUUGACUGGUGCCGAGUGAAGAAUGGGCAGUUUUUCCAGCUCAUCUCUUUGCUCUCACAACCAGUAGCCCAGUGGGGGCUUCACAAGGAGACCCUGUUCCAAGUCCUUCCACCUUCCUGCUGCGGUCCCCUGCUUGGAAAUGCUAAAUACAGAACAGUUAUUUCCUCACUGCUCUUUGCAAAUGCUGACUUCAUUUUACCCGUCUAAUCCCUGCAAGGUAUCCAUCAUCGGGGCAAUGAAUAGUUUACUGCUUGUUUACCACAUUCCUGCAGUGCCACUUGGGGAGCUUCAGCCCUGAGCACAGAGGUAAAUCGUCAUCCCGUUUGAAAUACAGCAAGCUCAGGGGAGAACCAGUCCCCAGAACCUUCCUGCCUCGCUCCACAGGGCUGCCUGUUCUCAGUUCAGGUCACUGUGCAGAAAUACCCUGCCCUGGCACCAAGAUCUGCACACAUCUCCAUCCCCAGCACCUCACUUAGGGAUGCUGCCCAGUCCCACAGUAGCUUGCCUGCAGCACCCAGCCUGUCUGGACCUCAGCAGCGCCCUUUGGGUCCCUGAGAUGAGGCCCAAGGCCAUCACUGCUGCUGCCCAGGGAUCCCAGCGAUGCUGUUGUUACCAGUGGUUGUAGAGGCUGGUGCUGCACCACUGGUCAGGCUCUGUGCCUGUACCUCUAUCUGUGGCAGAGCCCCCAGACCCACACCAGUGGCCAGUGGCUUUCGUGGUACUUUCAUCAAAGUUAAGCCCAGUGGAGGAUGAAUCAUGCAGAGAAUGUCCCCUCCAGAGCCAAAGCUGAGGCCACACUGCCUAGCACCAGUGAGAAAAAGCGGGCUUUGUUUAAACACAGAGGGUCAGUGUCUCAGUGAAUCAGUUAAGCUCCAUGAAGUCAAACAGAGAUGUUCUGAUUUGCAGGGACUGUAGAUCUGGCCCAUCAGUUUUAACCAAAUGUGUUCUUUUUAAAUCGCAGCAAACAAAUUUGUGAUGCCUGGGGAGGGGGGGGAAAGAGACUUGCUCCUUGGGAACAUCCCAUAAAACAUCAUUUCCCCUCUCCCUUGUCUGCCUGCCUGCUCCCACACGCUGUGACAAAGCUGGGAUGUUUGCUAGAGGGAUGAGGGGUCAGGGUGGCCAGGGCUAAUUAAGCUCUGCAGUAAUACUUGGAGAUAAAGUGAAACUUAGAGCAGUUAGUUGUGUGUGGCAGCUUCUGGGCCUUGUGCCCGAGGGAGGGUGAGGAUACAACCUCCCUGCAGCCACCAGUGCAAUUUUGUGGGCAGAGAAACAGAUGCUUUGGGGACUUUGUGCCAGAGGAGGUCAGGUCCUGGGACAUCCAGGCUGAGGGUUAUCAUUCUCCACCUCUUCCUGGGUGGAGAGAUAUUGUCCAUCAUUCCUAGGGCAUGGGAACUUGGAGCUGUUUGUCUUUCAGAUGCAGCAAGGAGCACCCAUGUGUUUAUGUAGGGAGGGAGCACAGUGACCAUGUAAGGAAUAUGCACCCAAGGUGCUGCAGGGUGCAGAACCUGGCUGGGGCUGUGACGUUGCUCCAAGAAGAGCGGGACUGCAGAAACACAUGAGCUACUUAGCCUGCGAUAGGCUACCAGUGUCCAGCCCUCCUUCACCAGCACUUAUGUCAACCCAAACAGAGGAGGAACCAGAGGAAAGGAAGGAUCAAGUCUCCUCUUACACCAGGUAUCGUUAUCUUGCUGUGCCUUGUGACUGAUUUUGAGCCACAUGUGACUGUCAGCUCUAUGGCCAGUCCCAGGAGUUUUCCUUCCUUCCAUCCUCAGCCAGCUGAGCUGGAAAUAGGACUGGUGGGGACCACGUGCAGCAGCACAUGCCUUCACACAGCUGCUAAAGCAGCACCUUCAUUUCCAGCACUUCCAAAGGGCGAAGGGUGCUGGGAACCCUUCCAAACCCCCUUGCUUUGGCUUUGGUGCAUCUGGGUGUUGGUGUCUGAACGUGGUGCUGACCCACCUCACUCCAAUCUUUCUUUAGUGCAACUGCCCAGGCACCAAUACUACCAGUCCUGAUGUAAGCCCACCAAAGAGCCAGUGCUGGCACUCUGAUCCCAUUUUUGUUUAACGCUUCAGGGGGAGCAUUGAAGGCCUGGAAUAAAGAGGGGCUGGGUUUCUUUAACAUAUGCUCAUUCUUGGGCAGUGGAAAUACCAUGACAAGAAUAAUUCUUGGAUCACCUCAGUUCCAGUGUGAGCCUUCCAAGGCGUUAGAAAAAAGGAAGUGCUGAUAACUAUAAAUACAGACAUGAACAGGAGUGUAGAGAUAGCUACACUUAUUUGGGUUUACAUGGAAACUAGUCUUUCCUGUAGAAAUACAACACCCAACAAUAAUAAUUAUUAUCAGCAGACAUCUUUCAGCAUUCCUGCACUGUAUAGUGCUGUAAAUCUUCAGUGGGUCUGUGCUUGAUACAGGCUGGGCUGGAUGGAGAGACCUUCCUUACUCCUUCCUUACUUCCUCACCAUCCACCUCCAACCCAGCCACUUCCUCCAUCCCAAAGUCCCACACCUGGGCUUUCCAUUAACCAGAGCAAUCAACCACAGCUGAUGCUGCUGCAUCACCCCUGCUAAAACCACACCGUGGCUGUGCAGAGCUGUUUCAGAGCAAAAUGUCCAGGUUUUGUAGCUGGUGUCCAUGGAUGUCACAUCAUUUAUCCAUCUCUAUCAACCCUGGCCUUUGGCAGAAGCUGCUCUCCAGCACAGCUUGCCUCUGCUGGAAGCUCAUCAGUGAUGUGGAAGAGCAGCGAGUCUGAGGCAGAGGUAAACCUGAGCUCAUCUUAUCUCAGAGGCGGCUGGUCCUCUCCAGCCCAUAUCUUCUCAUUUUGCUUGGAACAGUAAUGAAAAGUUGGUAAACACCAGCUGUUGUGCUAAGCAGAGGUGGGUGAAGUAUGUAAACUGGGCAAUUUAGAUUAAAAAUCAUUUAUUUUCACAGCAA